CUCUGUCAGCCGAGCAUGGCCCCGGCUGCAGGACAACCCCGCUGGCGCCGCCGUCCUGCCGGGGCCGGAGUUGGGGGGAUGUCCUUGGCCUUCCCUGUGGGCCGGAGGCAAAUCCCCUGCCUGUCCUUCUUGCUUCCUGCCCCAGGCCCCGAGCUGAGGACGGAGAGCCCGGAGGACAAAUCCCCCCGUGAGACCCUGGUGGGAGAGGCCGUUUUGAAGGGCUCCCCGGCGCAGGAAGGCAGCGGGGAGGAAAAGGACCAGAGAUCCCCCCACAGGAGGGGCUCCAAAGCCAUCCCAGGGUGCUCUGAGGAGGAAAGAGCCAGCCUGUGCCAGGAAGGUGGCCGGAGCUUGAGGCGGAGCUCUGAGCUGGUGGUCCCUGAGCAGCCUCCCAGCAGGGAGAAGCCCUUCAGGUGUUUGGAAUGUGGGAAGAGCUUCAGGAAGAGCUCCCACCUCCUCGCCCACCAGCACAUCCACACUGGGGAACGUCCCUACAUGUGUGGGGAAUGUGGGAAGAGCUUCCGGAGCAACUCCAACCUGAUCCAACACCAGCAUAUCCACAGUGGGGAACAGCCCUACACGUGUGGGGAAUGCGGGAAGAGCUUCAACCAAAGCUCCAACCUGAUUCGACACCAGGCCAUCCACACUGGGGAAUGGCCCUACACGUGUGGGGAAUGUGGGAAGAGCUUCAGUGACAGCUCCAGCCUCCGCAUCCACCAGCGCAUCCACACCGGGGAACGGCCCUACAAGUGCUUGGAAUGUGGGAAGAGGUUUCAGACCAGCUCAGUUCUCCUCAGGCAUGAGCGGACACACACGGAUGAGAGGCCCUUCCACUGCACCGACUGCGGGAAGGGCUUCAACCGGAACUCCAACCUCGUCAGGCACCGACGCAUCCACACCAGGGAAAGGCCCUACAAGUGCUUGGAAUGUGGGAAGAGGUUUCAGACCAGCUCACAUCUCCUCCUGCAUGAGCGGACACACACGGAUGAGAGGCCCUUCCGCUGCACCGACUGCGGGAAGGGCUUCAAGCAGAACUCCCACCUCAUCACCCACCAGCGCAUCCACACCGGGGAGAGGCCCUACAAGUGUAGGGAGUGUGGGAAGACCUUCACCCAGAGGUGUCACUUGACCUCACACCAACGGACCCACCACAGGCAGAAGCCCUUCAGGUGCUUGGAAUGUGGGAAGAGCUUCAGGAAGAGCUUCAACCUCCUCACCCACCAGCACAUCCACACCGGGGAACGUCCCUACAUGUGUGGGGAAUGUGGGAAGAGCUUCAGGCAGAGGUCCAACCUCCACACCCACCAGCGCAUCCACACUGGGGAACGGCCCUACACAUGUAGGGAAUGUGGGAAGAGCUUCAACCAGAGCUCCAACCUCCGCACCCACCAGGGCAUACACACUGGAGAACGGCCCUACCCGUGUAUGGAAUGUGGGAAGAGCUUCAGGGACAGCUCCCACCUGAUCGAACACCAGCACAUCCACACCGGAGAACGGCACUACACCUGUAGGGAAUGUGGGAAGAGCUUCAGCCAGAGAUCCACCCUCCUCCAACACCGUGGUGUGCACACUGGGGAACGGCCCUACACAUGUUGGGAAUGUGGGAAGAGCUUCAGUUACAGCUCCACCCUCCACAUCCACCGACUCAUCCACACUGGGGAACGACCUUACAAGUGCUUGGAAUGUGGGAAGAGGUUCAGGACCAGCUCCACUCUCCUUGUGCACCAGCGGACGCACACGGAUGAGAGGCCCUUCCGCUGCACCGACUGUGGGAAGGGCUUCAACCGGAACUCCCACCUUGUCACCCACCGGCGCAUCCACACAGGGGAGAGGCCCUACAAGUGCUUGGAAUGUGGGAAGAGCUUCAGAGACAGCUUCAACCUGAUCCGACACCAGCACAUCCACACUGGGGAACAGCCCUACAUGUGUGGGGAAUGUGGAAAGAGCUUCAGGAACAGCUCUGGCCUGCACGUGCACCGUCGCAUCCACACUGGGGAACGGCCCUACAAGUGUGUUGAGUGUGGGGAAAGCUUCAGGACCAACUCCAGCCUCCACUCUCACCAUCUCAUCCACAGUGGGGAACGGCCCUACAAGUGCUUGGAAUGUGGGAAGGGGUUUCAGACCAGCUCAGAUCUCCUGAAGCACAAGCCGACACACACAGGGGAGUGGGCCUUCUACUGCACCGACUGUGGGCAGGGCUUCAACCGGAACUCCACCCUUGUCACCCACCGGCGCAUCCACACUGGGGAACGACCCUACAAGUGUGGGGAGUGUGGGAAGAGGUUUACACGCAACUCACAUCUCAUCCAGCACCAGCAGACUCACACGGAUGAGAGGCCCUUCCGCUGCACCGACUGCGGGAGGAGCUUCAACCAGAACUCCAACCUCAUCAAGCACCGGCGCAUCCACACUGGAGAGAGGCCCUACAAGUGUGGAGAGUGUGGGAAGAGCUUCACUAAUAAGUCUGGCUUGACCCAACACCAACGGACCCACCGGUAAAGGAAGCUCCAACUACGGGAAGAGCUUUGGCCGCUGCUUCCACCCCAAUGAAGCCCCUGAUGGGGAGGCAACCCCUGGAGUCCAGUGACUGUCAGUCCAUCCCUUUCAACCAGAAAGGGCCAGUCCCCUUUCUCAGGGACAGGUUCUGCCAACAGAACCCUUCCUGGGGG